AUGAGGUUCAUCCUGCCCGUGGGUUUAAUCGCAGCCACCCUUGCGAUGGCUCCUGUCCGCUUUGACAGGGAGAAGGUGUUCCGCGUGAAGCCCCAAGAUGAAAAACAAGCAAACAUCAUAAAGGACUUGGCCAAAACCAGUGAGCUUGACUUCUGGUAUCCAGAUUCCAUCCACCAUGUAGCUGCUAACAUGACCGUGGAUUUCCAAGUUGGUGAGAAGGAAUCCCAAUCCGUCCAGUCUGCCUUGGAUCUAAAUAAAAUGCACUAUGAAAUCCUGAUUCAUGACCUACAAGAAGAGAUCGAGAAACAGUUUGAUGUUAAAGAAGAUAUGCCCAGUAGGCACAGCUAUGCAAAAUACAAUAACUGGGACAAGAUUGUGGCUUGGACUGAAAAAAUGGUGAACAAGCAUCCUGAAAUGGUUUCUCGUAUAAAAAUUGGAUCUACUGUUGAAGAUAAUCCACUAUACAUUCUCAAGAACCGCAUGUGGAGAAAAAAUCAUUCCAAGAACCAAAACUCCAAAUGCAUCGGCACUGACCUCAACAGGAAUUUUAAUAUUUCAUGGAACA